AUGGGUCUAUCCUCGAGCCGCAACAGCGGCGAGGAUAGACGCAGCCGCGUCUCAGCAAGAGACAUUCCGCUGCCUUCUAGUCGGGUAGGUACCAGCGAGUUCUUCGAAACAGAAAGUCAUACCUCUGCCAGAAAGACAGAUCUAUCCAGGAGUCGCAACAAUAGCGGCGAGGAUAAACGCAGUCGCGUCUCAGCAAGAGACAUUCCGCUGCCCUCUAGUCGGUCAUAA